CAUGGGUCUUUUAGCGCAUAAACGAAAUCUUAUCAAAGCUCAACUUACCUCCACGCAUUCAACCUUUCUCUCUUCAACCAUUCUAUACAAAGAUGUCUUAUCGUCAAAGAAUAGUUCCACUCUUACUCGUCACAUUUGUAGGUGUUGCAAGUGGCGUUUACAUCUUUGAUCCUUUGAUCAAGCAAUAUGCAAUCGAUUCACGAGGCACAUAUGAUCCCAAAAUUGCACAAGCAGGAGUUAAAGGUGGAAUUGGAGGUGGAUUAAACGAUGAACCGAAUAAGAUCAGUCAAAUAGAAGCAGAUGCAAAAGCAGCGACUAAAUCAUCCUCAACGGCAACGUCGAAUAAAUCCAACGUCAUCAGUGGAGAACAAGCGAGGAAACAUUUGCAAGAAGCACUUCAGUCUAAUUUGAAGGAUUCCAAGAAAGAAUAAUUAUUCGACUUGUUAAUCUAUCUGUACUCUAG